AUGCCUACGGUUCCAGCAAACAGCGGUGCGAGGGUACUUGUUACAGGUGCAAACGGCUAUAUCGCCAUGUGGGUUAUCCGCACGCUCCUCGAACAGGGGUAUAGAGUGCGUGGGGCCGUACGCUCCGAGGAGAAGGGAAAGCAUUUGAAGGAGUAUUUUUCAAAGUACGGAGACAAGGUCGAAUGGACUAUUGUUCCGGAUAUCACCAAGGAGGGUGCGUUCGACGAGGCGGUGAAGGGCGUUGAAGCAAUUGAACAUACUGCUUCUCCUCUGCCUUCCUCCGCGCCCGACCCAGAUGAGACUAUUAAACCCGCCGUUCAAGGGACCUUGUCAGUCCUGCAAAGCGCACUCAAAUACGGAAGCGACGUUAAACGCGUGGUGCUUACUUCGUCUGCUGGAGCAAUAAUCAACCCAGUCACCGAGCCCACUGCCGUUUUCGAUGAAUCGCACUGGGCAGAUGCCUACCUCAAGGACAUCAAAGAGAAAGGCAAGGAUAACCCGGCCAUAGUAAAGUACCGCGCUUCGAAGGUUCUUGCGGAAAGAGCCGCUUGGGACUUCUACAAGGAGCAUAAAGGUAGCAUUGGAUGGGACCUAGUCGCUCUUAAUCCACCGCUCGAACCUCUCCAAAGGGUCGAUACACCGGAGAAUUUAAACUCUUCCCUGGAGAUGUGGUGGAAACAUAUCGCCCUGGAGCAACCUGACGAUGUACUCAAGGGGACUUAUGGAUACAUCGACGUCCGCGAUGUCGCAGCUGCACACGUGGUUUCCUUGCAGAAGGACGCAGCGGGGGGAGAAAGGAUCAUUGUCGCGAAUGGUAAGCCAGCCAUGUUGCUCUCGACUACGCACCGGUCUCACUAA